AUGUCAAAUACCGGAAGGGAUUCUCCGGCUCCGGCUCCUAUACCUCAAGUCUCGACUUCACCCGGCUCGUUUCGUGCCAGGUCUUUCGUUGGCUCGAUCCCACGCGCAUCAUCCACUGCUCGACUUGCCUCACCGGCUCGCCCAUACAAUGGCUAUGGCACACCUCCUGCCGCACAAACCUCACCACCACUAGGUGAUAAGGGAGAUUCAGACAGUUUGGCGCCUCUGCCUGGGCCUGGCUCGCACGCUGCUGGCCCAGGUAUCUCGGCGCUGGCUGCGGCAUUGUCCCAGUCGAUAGGCACUUCACCACCGCGUUUCGGCACGCCUCCUGUUCGAGCCCUUUCGCCCGUCCCGAACCGCUCCCUUUCUCCUGCUCCUGGGGCAGCGCCAUUCCCAGCGUCGGGUACUUCGCCAUAUCAUGGCUCCUUUGACGCAAGGCGGAAUUAUUCCGGCGCGUAUGAGGACCCCGAAAUUGUCAAGAGGCACUUGGUUCAGCCAGGCGAUGCUGGGUCCGAUGACGGGUCGAGGAAACUCAGCGAUGGCUCCAAGGGAAAACAGCCGGCAGAAGAUGACUUUGACGACGAGUUUUCCAGUCUGAAACUGCAGGGCGGUGACAUCACUAGGCCAAUAUACAAAUGGACCGAAGAGGUGGAACAACGAAACAAGAUGCAGCGCAGCAAGAGCUUCAGCACACCGCGGCCGGAUCCUGAAAACGAGACGCUUGAUAUCAACACCAUCAAGGUUCCCGGAGGCUUCAGACGCAACUUCCUGAGGCGCGCGGCCGGGGAUGGACCAGUCAACCCGGAUGACACCGAGUACGGCGCAGGACCGAGCGACCGACAGCAGCCGCCGAAACUCUUUACCAACAGCUUCCUCGAGUUUCUCUCUCUCUAUGGCCACUUCGCCGGUGAAGAACUCGAGGAGGAUGACGAGGUGCUCAAACCUGGCGAGUACUUCACGUCGGGCAGCGAAAGUAACCUGUUCGAUGACGAUACAGAGGACGAGCAUGAGCCAAUGGAAGACAGCGCUUUGCUGCCACCAUCCCGGCGGAAGAGAAGGAGAAAGGAGCGAGGUGGAAGCGGGACAAACAGUCCCAUGGGCGCGGCGCUGCUGCUUCUCAAGUCCUUUGUGGGAACUGGUGUUCUAUUCCUGCCUCGUGCCUACCUCAAUGGUGGCAUGCUCUUCAGCAACUUGGUUCUGCUGUUUGUAGCCGCUCUGAGCUACUACUGCUUUGUUUUGCUCGUCAAUACGAGAUUGAGGGUCGAGGGCUCGUUUGGUGAUAUUGGUGGCAUUCUCUACGGCAAAUGGAUGAGGAAUCUCAUCCUCUUCUCGAUCGUUUUGAGCCAGAUCGGCUUCGUUGCUGCUUACAUCGUCUUCACCUCAGAGAACUUGCAGGCAUUCAUCUUGGCUGUGACGGAUUGCAAGACGCACAUUCCGAUCACCUGGCUGAUUGUCAUGCAGAUGGUGAUCUUUUUGCCAUUCUCUCUGCUUCGCGAUAUUGGAAAGCUGGGCUUCACGGCUCUCAUCGCCGACGCCUUCAUCCUCAUCGGUCUGGCCUAUCUGUUUUACUACGACAUUCUGACGCUCAACACCCAAGGUUUGGCAGACAUUGUCAUGUUCAACCAGAAAGACUGGACCCUCUUCAUCGGCACGGCCAUUUUCACCUUUGAGGGCAUUGGUCUUAUCAUUCCCAUCCAGGAAUCCAUGCGCAACCCUACCAAGUUCCCCAAGGUCAUGGGUAUUGUGAUGAUUAUCAUCACCACUCUCUUUGUCGUCAUGGGCGCGGUUUCGUAUGCCGCCUACGGAUCCAAGACUGAGACGGUGGUGUUGCUCAACCUUCCGCAGGACGACAAGAUGGUCAACGGUGUACAGUUCUUGUAUUCAUUGGCUAUUCUGCUUUCGACUCCCCUCCAGAUCUUCCCGGCCAUCAGAAUCACGGAGAAUGCGCUCUUCACCAAGAGCGGCAAGUACAACCCGUAUAUCAAGUGGCAAAAGAACGUGUUCCGCUUCUUCGUGGUGGCGUUCUGCGCUCUGAUCGCCUGGGGAGGAGCCGACAGUCUGGACAAGUUUGUGGCGCUCGUUGGUAACUUUGCCUGCAUCCCGCUGGUGUACAUCUAUCCUCCGAUGUUGCACUACAAGGCAGUGGCCAAGACGGCGUUCCGCAAGUGGUCCGAUAUCCUGCUCUGCAUCUUUGGAUUCGUGGCCAUGGCCUACACCACCAGCUUGACGGUCAUGAGCUGGGCCUCGGGAUCCGAAGGAGGCGGUGCUCCGGGUUACUGUGACUCGAAGGGGCACGCCUUCUGA